GCUCCACCCACUAUGCUUAUGCUUAUUACCUUGAGGAAGGAAGUCCCCUGGCUCGUUCACACACAGAGACAAGGCAAGAAAGCACAAUGGCAUCCAGUUGCAACCGACAGUAUUUUCUAAACCCAAGGCUUUCCCUCAGGCUGGUGAUCCUGCUUUGGACUGUGAUGUGGGCGGUUUCUGCAAAAGAAAGGGCUGCUGACAUUUACCUCAGAGGGGAGGUUGGUGGAAAUGUAACCUUUCACUGCCCCGUUGACAAGACAAGGACAGUUAUAUUUUUCUACUUCCAAAUCAAAAACGAGUUUGUGAAUGGCUACUAUAAAACAAAAGAUAUAACGCGUCCAGUAUGGGAGAACACAAGAGUGGAUUGCAACGAAACAGCUGUGCACAUGUAUGGGCUGAACAUCUCACACAGUGGAAAAUAUGAAUGCAUUAUUCAGUACGCUGACAGUACACGUAUUAAUGAAGCAUUCAUAGAACUCAGUGUCACAGCCAACUACAGCAAACCUACAAUCACAACGUUCUGUGAUGGUGAAAAUCUUAGUUGCCUUGUGACAUGCUCCUCACAUGGAGGAUACCCAAGGGCCAAGAUGAUUUGGAACGGACCAAUGUCUGAGAAUACCACCAAUCAUAUGUUGACAAUUGUAAACAGCAGUGAAGUGCCCAAUCCAGUCACCAUGAUGUUCAACAGCUCCAGCACCGCAAACUUCAACUGCUCCAAUGGACAGCUGACGGGUCUCAGCUGCUCUGUGGGCGACGUCACCUCUGACGUGAUUUUAGUCUGUACACCCAAGGUUCCACCUGUCCUUAGCAAUGUGAUAGUAGGAUUCGCCUGUGUAGUGCCAUUUGUCCUUCUGUUGGGAUUGCUACUUUACUGCAAAUGCAAGAAAAGACAGAGAGGACAAGCAACAAUGAAUGGGAGGACAGUAAAUGGAGGUGACGAGGAGGCAAUUGGCCUCAAUACAAUUUGAGUCUGGAGGUGUAUCCGAUUUUAGUUCGGACCUAAUAUAUCACUUGUUCUAGCAUCUAGAGCUAAAACUGUAUGUCACUCAAGUGUACGUUUACAUUAGUGACUGACGGGCUACGUACAAGCCAGAAAUGGACAGUGUCCACAGGAGUCAGUGACUCACCAGAGACCACAUGCUGUCAACAUUUCAGUGACACUUGUGACUUUUAGCGUAUGGGGAAGUAUUCAUCAUUAGUAUCCUCUGACUGGUGAAGAACAGUGCGUCAUUCGACUGAAAAUAGCUUACUUCCCAUAAAAAGGACUUUUCUAAUGGUUUGUGGUGAGAUUGUUGUUGCAUUCUGGAAAUUAGCCUCUGAAGGAAACACUUCCCAGCAAUGUGAGCUGUAAAAUUUAAAGCAGAAAGACCGUGUUUUAAGUCUGAUGAAAUGUUUGAUUGUUAUACUGACAUCUAUGGGCAGAAGUGGGAACCGUUACACCUGCUGCAUGUGUCUAUUUCUGAAAUGUGUUUCAUCAUUUUAAAAUACAGUAUAUUGUUGUUGUUGUUGCACUUUAAAACACCCCCAUUUUCCUUGAAUAGCCCCUUUUUUUAAAAUAUAUUUUUUUAAUUUUACUGUCAUAAUUGAACAAACAACGUCAAUCCUGUCAAGCUACUACCCAUUUAUUUUUGUUGAAUAUUAGUUCCCUCAUCAGUGAUUUUACUCUUUGAUUAGCUUUAUCCCUGAGAAAUUAUCUGUAGCAGAACAUGGGGAAAAUAAUGUUUGCAUGCAGAGAUAAUAGAUGUCAAAAUACCCUUUGCAUGGGAAUUUGUUCUCUGUGCAGUAGAUCCCAGUGUUCCAGGAUUCCCGUGUAAGGUGCAAUAUUGAACAGUAAAAAAAAAGGGGAAAAGGUUUUUCUGUUGUAGUGAAAUUACCAUUACCCUGAUUAUUAAUAUUUUGGUCUUUUUAACAACUUCCUACUAUUUUCCUCAGGUUGAUUGUUCUCAUGUGAAAGAACCUUUUUGUAUACUAUUUUGGUGACUAUUUAUUUCAUUUUGUGUAUUUUCUGGCUAAAUAUCAAACUGUACAUCUCCUGCCCUGUUUACACUGUUUUGGGUGAGGAAACUUCUGUUAAUCCUCGUUCUGUGGAAUUACCAGACAGACUCAAAGGGCUGCUUUCAUUUCCUAAAUCUGUACAGAACACUCCUUUUGGCUGUUGUAACUUUGUCUUGUUUGUUUUGCAUUUCACAUGAUAUUUUUCUCUGACAUUGAACUAUGUAAUCAAUAAAACUUUGUAAUUUAA